CCAACAUCGGCGCUACGAGCGAGGUGUCAGAUUUCUGCCAUCCUACAGGAGUUCCUUCCGAGGGGAACAUCGAAGAGGCCAGAGCAGAGUUCUCAAAAUUGAGUGAGGAAUUAUAGCUUGCGGGAGAGAUGGACACACAGAGCGGGACGCACCGCAUCUUCCAAAGCUCGCCAACCCCACCCGCCGUGGAGGACGAGGCUUCCUUACGGGGACGAGGAGGUGGGAGUGCCAGAGGGCAUAGUGCUGGCCCGGGACGCAGCGGGGACAGGAAAGAAGCGCGGAACCCGGCAGGAUACCAUCAUACCUCGAAUCAUUCAAACUAUCCGGAGAGCGGCGCUUUUUUCGAGAGCAGGACGGAACACGACGACAGGAGAGAUUCUCGUUCAGGUGGAUACACCCCACAACGCAGUAAACACCCAUACGACGGGCAUCAUUCCCGACGCGACGAUGAGCCCCGGUUCCACAUCAAUCAAGAGCGUGCUUCACAAAUUCACAUUCAGGAGCCUGCUUUACAGAUUCCCACAAGUCCCCUGGAAAGCACUCCACGCAGUCAGAGGAUCGAUCACCGCAUCCGCAAUCAGCGCGUUGGUGACCCUACUGUCGUACCCAAUCGACCCUGUCGAUGUGGAGGUUAUCAUUGGAGCAUGUACUGUCCCAUGAGGAGCCAGCGCGGACGCAGCAGUGUUGCUCAGGAACCACGCACCUAUCAACCUCCAACAGAGUCUCGAUAUCCGCCAUAUUUUGGAGAUGAUGAGCCGGACGACGGGCCCUCUAAUGGCCAUGAUGGACCGGACGGGCCACAGCGCAAGCGACGCCGAUUCGAUGAGACGAAUGGGAACCCAUAUAAUCACCUUCGCGGUGGUCACACGCAGCUUUCAGAUGAUGUACCAGUGAAAAGCGAACCGAUGGUAGAGGCGGAAAUUGUGGUGGCCAAUGCGCCCCCCCAUCUGGCAGCGACACAAUGGAGCAUCAAUUCGAAUCCACCUCCAGCUAACGAUGUUCAACCUCGCCGAGUAGUCGAAGUAACACCACAGCCUCGGCCACCUCAAAUUUGGCCAUUCGUUGGUGUCCCACCUCAACCUCGACCAGUUGUCGAAUCGUGGCCAGUUGUCGAACCUCGUCCAGUUGUCGAAUCUCGGCCGGUGAUUGAAGCUGCACCUGUGCCGCCACGGCCAAAGGCAGACCCACCCUUGAACGAUGCACGACUGGUCAACGCGCUGGACACCCUGCUGACACAGCACCAUGCGUUGCAAAACAUUCGGAGCACAAUACCUACCUCGACACCUGUUAGGAACCCCGUACAUACAGCCGAGCCGAUCGUGCAAGUCCCAUCGCGCAAUGCGCAGCGUCGGGACAGCGAAAGGGCGGAAAAGCCGGUGGAAGUAGAUUCUGACGACAUAUCAUCUUCAUCAAGCGAGUCGGAUUUUGAAACGACGGACGUGGAAAAGAUCAACCUCAAACUGGAAAAAUACCGAUCGCAUUUCCUGCUCCACAGCGAGAAAGCGCGGCAGGCUUCGAAAAAAAUGUCGCGCUUGACAAAGUGUUUGGCGAAAGCGGCGUCGAGCGUGGUUAGUACACCCGUCGCUAGCACACCAGCUGUGCGUACACCGACCGUUAGCGAGGCACCCGUCGGGCCAAUAGAUGUACAGGAGACGGCAAAGAAGAAGAAGCGAUCGCGGGGGCCGCGGGGGCACUCCAAGGGAGGGAAACCGUCGGGCGAGGAGAGUGAAGAUACUCCGGCAGCGCCCACGCCGUUACCUCACGAAACGAAUGGAAACCGAGUCGAGGAUCAAAUCCUGAAUACAACCUGGCAACCAAAGUCGAGUGACACGCUGGAUGUUCUGUACGGACUCAAUAUAGUGAAGGGAGGCGAUCUAGGUCGCAAACCACGGUCAUUAUUACUUCCGAGAGAGGGCAUGGCGCACAGUUUACGCGAGACGGUGAUCACGUCGACUCUGGAUGGGAACCUCCAUCUGUUCAAUCGCAAGUCGAAGGAGGCUAUGUGUUCAAUACGACAUGCCGAGUUACGCAAUUACUGGGCAGAAGAUAUGGCGUGGGUCGCACCGGACAUCCUCGCUGUUGCAGCAGCACCAUCGGGGUCUGCGCAAAAUGGCGUCAGAGACGGCACGGUCGUCCCCCACCAGAUCGCACUACUGUACGAUUGCAGCGUCAAGAAGAGCAAGUUUACAUACAGAUUACAGCAUCUCGUCCACAACAUGCCCCACGACCGCGGCCCCUCGAUCAUAUACCCCUUCUCCAACAACAACAACCGCGUACACUGGCUCACCGGAGGCAUGGACAAGAAGCUCAUCCUCUGGAGCUUCGACGGCCCGUUUGCGGGCGACCUCGACGGCUCCAACUACACCCGCGUCAACCACAUCUCCGUGCACACCGAGCACACCAGCGCGAUCCAGGGCAUCUACUACAACCCGCACAGCGAGAUCCUGUACACGGGCGGACAGGACUCGCGCCUGGUCGGGUGGUCGCUCACCAACCAGCGGAACACGCUCCCGACUGAACGCGUCGACGGGCGGAUCCGCGACAUCACCGGCAUCCCAACCCAGCCGCACCUCAUGCUCGUCGGGUUCUCCACGAUCACCAAACAGUUACGGCUGUGGGACGAACGCGUCAACAAGUUCGUUCUGGAGUUUGGCAUGGGCGACGCCGCCGAUGACGCCACCCGGUACAUGCACCCGGACGUGCAUCACGGCGGCUACCUCGUCUCGAUGGGCUCGACGCGCGCGGGCAGGAUCGGGAUAUGGGAUAUGCGGCAUGUGGGCGUUGAGCGCGCGCCGACGCAGCAGAUUGAUGUGGGGCAUACGAAACGGGUGCUUGUGGCCAAGUUUGAUGUGUGGAGGAAGAGGGAGACGCUCAUUUCGGUUGCGAGUGAUAAUUCGUUGAUCUUUGCGGAUUAUCUGAGGAGGGGGGAUGUGCGCGUUGAUGGGGUGGCGGGGUAGGAGUGAGAAAGGCAGGAGGAAAAUUAGCGGUCACUGGGUAUUGUGUUGAGCUUGGGAGGAGCAUGCGUAGACGGCACUUGGCAGAUGUCAAGCGCGCGUGUUUUAGGGCCGCGUUGGUGCGUUCUUCUUUUGGGUGGCUACGUCGGCACGGCGUGUGUUGCGAAUCUAGAUUUAGAGCUUGUAGCGUAUGUAGCGCCGAGGGCUUGGGAAGCACUAGAUUGUUGUUUGCGGAUGCAGCACACCAUUUUCCGUUGGGGCAAUCAAAUUCAAUGAUUGGUGCACAU